GUUACGUGAUUGCUCUGGCCAACACUAGACCGUGCCAGGUCGCAACGAUGUGUUGGAUAUCGCCCCCGUCAACCUCGUAUAUUCGUCUUGCCUGUCAACGUAGAGAUAUAUACUGCGUAUUGGUCAAGAUCCUUGCCACCACUCAUGCUACCCAGCUAAAGUUCGGCAGAGCUAUCGCUUGAUACCGAGAUCGCGAGGACAGAGUUUCGGUCUGCACCGGCCUCUAAGCUCAUCGUGCUGUAGAAAUUCGUGCAACUGUAGACCGGAGCCCGACUCUACAAGAAGAACAGGAUCGAUCUGUAGGAUGGAGGAAGACUAUUACUCUAUCAAUUCGAUCAUUGCCGAUACACAUAAGUUGACGUGUACCUUUAAUCUCGACGUCAAAGGCCUAGGGUUCCUGGAAGGCGGUUCUGAGCCAGAUAUCAAACAGCACGCGAAGGCCGAGUUACCGUUCUGGCUAGCCCAUACGCUGAGUGCAAAUGAAUUCACUUCUUUCCCCAUCCCUCCUCCUUACUCGCACCGAGUGAGGUCAGCCUUGAACGCUUCGGCUCACUCUGUCAGACUCUCGAGCUUGGUCGGCACGAAUGGCUGGUGGUACGCAUGGGGUCGACGGAUUGCCCACAUUCUCGACGAUGCUCAGCGCAAGGAACUGCUCGGAACGCUUCUCAAGGCCUUUUCUCAACGACUGCCCCUUCUGCAAGAUCUCGCAGCACAUUACGGGUCUUCGUCGGCUUCGAAUAUCAAUUCUGGAGAUAUGGGUUCGGGUGGCGUGACGAUCGCAGGAGAAGCCUUUAAGGAAGGGAUGGAUGCAGAGGAACGAGAGCUGUUCGCGUUGGGUCAAGGAGCGGGUAGGAAGUUGAAGACUUGGUACGACACGCCUCGGCGAUGAUAACAUGUAGAAUGCGAUAAGAAAAUGGUAUAGAAUUGGGCCAA